AUGGAAGUCUUAAGCUGGAGCUAUUUGCCGUAUGUAGUCUUCUGGUUUUAUGCGAUAAAAGUGUUGAGACAUGUGCUGUGGCAUUCGUAUGUGUAUUUCUGGGCACCGGAGAAGGAUUUGAAAAAAUUGGCAAAAACUGAUUGGGCAGGUAAGAGGGAAACUAUAAUUUCCAAAAAAAAGGUUAUUGUUUCUUCACCCACUUGAUUGUUUCAAACAGAAUUAAUGGUGCUGCAACAUACCCAUCAAAUUUCUGAGCGUACAUCACUUUAUAAUAAAGGAAAUUUUUCACAAAAAAAUACCGUAUUUUCAGCGGUCACAGGAGCAACUGGUGGGAUUGGCAAAGGUUAUGCUUUUGAGCUGGCAAAGAAAGGAUUUAAUCUAAUACUAAUUGCCCGAAAUCCUCAGAAAUUGGAGGUUGUUAAGCAAGAAUUGAAAGAACAAUAUCCGGAGGCUCAAAUCGAAGUGCUAGUUUUUGAUUUCUCGACCACUUCCACUGAAGAAUAUGAGAGGAUUUUGGGGAAACCGUUGGAAAAAGUCGGGCUGCUAAGUAAGCUUUUUAGUGAAGCCGGUUGAUGAAAUCGAUCGGGUCUUUGAUUUUGAUAAUUUUCGUCAAAUUGUAGUCACAUUUUGAAUACUUCCACUAUUUAAAAUAUCAACUUUUUACAUUGCUUUAUUCUAAUUGUUUAGUUAAUAACGUCGGCCGUUCCUAUGAGAUCCCAGACAAGCUGCAUCUGAUUGCCGGCGGUCUCCCAGAGCUCAAGAAUAUCAUCACAAUAAACCUCUACAGUUGCUUCUUCCUAUGCAAGAUGGUAUUGAAACAUAUGGAAAAGCGAGGAGGCGGAGUCGUUGUAAAUGUUGGGUCAUCCUCGGAAUCGCUCAAUUUUGCGUACUAUUCGGCGUAUUGUGGGGUUAAAGUACGUUGGUUAUUAUGAAAACCAAGAGUUGGAUUUUUUUUAUAACUUACCAGGGAAGUACCCCAAAUGCGACGCUCAGAUUUUGAUGAAACUUGGCACAAAUUUAGAAUAUUUUUUUCUGAAAUAUAUGCGACAAUCCCAGCUCGCGCUUUGCAGAAACAACCGGGAUUUUUAGAUCGAAAAUCGGCGAAAAUUUUACACUUUUUGCCGAAUUUCGGCACCAAAAGUUUCAUGCCUACUUCUACCAUAGAGAGUAAUCUUUCCACAAAAAAUCAAUUUUUUCCGCACGAAACUAUUAAAGUUAUGGCCAAAAAGUGUUUUUCUCUCUGUCCGCUCUCCGCUUUUAGCGUACUCUCUCGACGGCAAAGAUCGUUCAAUAUCUUGGCGGCGCCCGCAAAGCGCGAGCUAAAACUUUCAGGAAUUGAUAUUUAGUUCAUGGCCGACGUGUGUGCAAAGUUUAAGGAAAAUUUGAGCGUCGCACUUGGGGUACUUCCCUUGUUAGCAAAAACCUCGUUCUGUUAUAAUUUUCUAAUUUUCAGCGCAGCUUCGGCCGUUUUUCCGACUGUAUUCGAAUCGAAUAUCCAAAUUUAACGAUUCAACAUACGAUGCCCGCAUGGGUCGCGACCAACAUGAGCAAGACAAAAGACCUCACAAUCACCGUACGCUCACCCGCCGAAUAUGCCGCUUCGGCUGUGAAAACGAUUGGCUACUGUAACCAAACUAGAGGAUUUUGGAGUCAUCAAUUGCAAUUUGACUUCUUACAAUCAUUACCACUUUUCAUUACGAACCCACUGUUCGAAUUCAUUUUGAGGAUGAAAAAGUAUGAGAAUUUGGAAUUCAUCAAAGCGGAGAGUGAGGACAACAACAACGAGACCAAAAAGAUUGCCUAA